GAGUGAUGAGUACGGAGAUAAACAGAACAAACUAAACAUCGACAAGGAGGAUAAGACGACUGUAAAGAUGAACAUGGAUAAACAAAAUAGAUAAGAGGAAACGGAACCAUCGAAUGAGUGUGCCGAGUAACCAUUUCUGAUGUAGAUUGGUGAAGAGACGGAGAGGGGAGGUCAGUCUUGUUCUCCGUGUCUCCGAGGUCAAAUAUGGAGCAAUCCUGCAUCAACAGAGUCCUGCAGCGGCUGUUUGGCAAGGUCCCGGCGCGGAUCUCCCUGGGCGCCCUCGCCUUCCUGGGGUUCGUGGUGAUGACCAGCGUGCGCAUCAACAUAGCUGUCGCCAUCGUGGGUAUGGUGCGCCAGAACGCCUCCUCAGCCCUCACCGCCCAGGCCCAGUGUCUCGGAGGUAAUGAGACCAGGUGGACGGACGGGAGGGCGAAGGAAGGCGACAGCAACAGGACCAUCUUCCCAACGGUGCGGGAGGAGCAAGUGGAGCAAGGCGAGGAGGAGGAGGAUCAGGGCGACAUGCUGGACUGGGACGAGGUGACGCAGGGACUUGUCAUCGCCAGCUUCUUCUACGGUUACACAUUCACACAGAUCAUCGGAGGUCGCCUGGCUGAGAAAUAUGGGACGCGCAUCACCUUCGGGAUAUGCGGGCUGACCAGCGGCUUCUUCACGCUGCUCUCCCCCGUGGCGGCGCGGUCACACUACGGGGCCCUCAUCGCCGUCAGGGUGCUCAUGGGCUUCUUCCAGGGUCCCAUGUGGCCGUCAAUGCACGCCUUGGUGCCCCGCUGGAUCCCACCGCUGGAGAGGUCCCGCUUCAUAGCUUCCGUGUACUUCGCUUCAAAUCUCAGUAUGAUGGUUACUAUGGCGACCACGGGCGUCAUUGUGGCUUACCUUGGUUGGGCCGCCGCUUUCUACAUCCCCGGGACUCUCUGCAUCGUGUGGGCGUCGUUCUGGCUGCUCCUCGUGUCUGAUGACCCGAGCCAGCACCCCAGGAUCAGCAGCGAGGAAAGAGAACACAUUGAGAGCACGGUGAGGAAGGCGGGCAGUUCGAGGACGAGGCCGCAGAAGGUACCUUGGCGGGAUGUGUUCACUAGUUUACCUUUUUGGGCCAUCAUCAUCCCUGAUAUAGGUAAUGUUUUUGGCCUCUCAGUCUACUCCAGCCACCUGCCCACCUACAUGAAGAACGUCCUGGGCUUCUCCAUCAAAGAGAACGGCCUCCUCUCCAGCCUGCCGUUCCUCUGUCGCUAUACCGGCGCCAACACGUUCGGAGCUCUAUGUGACCGGCUCUUGGCAUCUAAACGUAUCAGUCUCCUCAUGUGUCGCCGAGUUUUCAGCGCUAUCGCGCUCUUCUUCCCCGCCAUCUUUUGCAUCGCCACCGCGUACUCGGGCUGCUCCGCCACGUUAACCGUCAUCUUCCUCUGCCUCGCCAACUUCACGAACGGCGCGAUAGGCAGCAGCAUUCUCGUCAACUACACGGACAUCUCACCGAACUUCUCAGGGACGCUCUUCGGUAUUGGCAACACUUUCUGUUCCUUCAUGAUGUUCCUGGCACCUGUCUGCGUGGGCGCCAUCAUCCAGGGACAGCAAACGAUGAGCCAGUGGCGGAAAGUGUUCUGGGCGUGCGUGCCUCUCUACGCCCUGACCGAAGUCUUCUACCUGCUCACCAGCUCCACGGAUGUCCAACCGUGGAACUCUGCCGGCGAGGAGGAGGAGGAGGAGAAGGCGAAGGAAGGAAAGGAGGACGGAAACUGCACCACCACUAUCACCCCCCUCAUGGUGGAAGAGGCGACGAAGGAGCUGAAUAAUAAAGAGUGAAUGAUAAGAAUCUGGAAGGAGGAGGAAGAAGAGGAAGAGGGAGAUUAGAAGAGAAAGAAUAAAGAGGAAAAAAAAUGAAGAUUGAAGGAUUUAAAAAGACUCAUCCAUGUGUGUUUGUGUAUGUGUGUGUGUGUGUGUGUGUGUGUGUGUGUGUGUGUGUGUGUGUGUGUGUGUGUGUGUGUGCAGGCGUUCGCAGAAGGAAAAUAAGGUGAAAGGUGGAGAAGGAGGAGGAGAAGGAGGAGGAGGAGGAGAAACUAGGAAUGGCGUUGGAAGAUAAAUGGAAAAUCUAAGUGGAACGUUGAGAGACUUAAAAAAAAAAAAACCUCCAUCUUUUAUGCAGAGGAAACACUGCGUGAGUGAGAGUGAGAAAAAGAGAAGGAGGAUGAGAAGGCUAAUGGAGGACGGAUGACUGGAAGAGAACGAUAGACAUUUUUCCAUCAAUUAUAAACCACUAAAAAGCCACGCUAAUGUUUGUUUUUUUAUCUUAUUCUUUAUUCUUCUUCAGUAUCAAUUCCCUUAUUCAUUUAGUUACUGUUCGUUAAUUCUCUUAUUCAUUUGGUUCCUGUUUGUUAAUUAUCUUAUUCAUUUGGUUCCUGUUUGUUAAUUAUCUUAUUCAUUUGGUUCUUGUUUGUUGAUUCUCUUAUUUAUUUGGUUCCUGUUUGUUAAUUAUCUUAUUCAUUUGGUUCUUGUUUGUUGAUUCUCUUAUUUAUUUGGUUCCUGUUUGUUAAUUAUCUUAUUCAUUUGGUUCCUGUGUGUUGAUUAUUUUAUUCAUUUGGUUCCUGUUUGUUAAUUAUCUUAUUCAUUUGGUUCCUGUUUGUUAAUUAUCUUAUUCAUUUGGUUACUGUUUGUUAAUUAUCUUAUUAAUUUUGUUACUGUUUGUUAAUUAUCUUAUUCAUUUGGUUUCUGUUUGUUAAUUCUCUUUUUCAUUUGGUUCCUGUUUGUUACUUAUCUUAUUCAUUUAUUUACUGUUUGUUAAUUAUCUUAUUCAUUUGGUUUCUGUUUGUUGAUUAUCUUAUUCAUUUGGUUUCUGUUUGUUGAUUAUCUAAUUCAUUUGGUUACUGUUUGCUAAUUCUCUUCUUCGUUUGGUUAGUUUGUUUUCUUGUAUUAUUUCUUUCGCGUUUAAGUCAUCACUACCAAAAGCUUCACACGCGCCACUGUGCUACAAAACCUCAUCAUGGAAUCAGAAACGCUAAGAAACAUGAGACGAACACCAAGUGGCUCCAUCAGACAAACAUUCAGGGCCUCACCGGAAACACACACGCAACACAGCAGCUCACUAACUCUUCCUAACACCGUCACGGCUUUCAUUUGUCAGGUAACUAAUCUCUCACCCGUUAUGGCGCGCUAUGCAUGUGAGAUAAUCCGAUUAAGCCGGGCUGAGAGACACUGGGGCUAAAAGCAAAGUGUCGGCAGGUCUAGAAGGAUUAGGAGGCCCCGAGAGUGAGUGAGAGCUGUAUAAAUUGAUGCUUGAAGUUGUAAAUAAAAGGUCAGACGAGAGUUGAAAGGAGAGUGGAGCAGGAAGGCGAGAGUGAGGCGGCCGGAAACAAGACUCGUGAAAACGUUGGCAGUGAGGAAUAAACUGCUUGUAAUGAGAGAGAAAAGUUUAGAAUUCUCGCAACAGGAUGAGGUGAGGCAACGCGAGUAAAUGCAACACCUGCCUCCCACGCCUUGCAAUCCAGCAGGUAUAUGGUGUUACCUGUGUUGCGUGGAAGUGCUGAGCUUACCUGUACAGUCUUUUGCUAUAUAGCACGUCUUGCUGAAGGAUUUAUGUUCUGAAAACAGUGAUGGAAGUUUAUAGUUUACGUUAGAGCAAUGGAUAGUUAAGUGGAGUUUGUGGUUUGAGAAUGGAGUAAGAAUUAGUUAGAUGAUUAGUUUAUAUUUCAGGAAGUGUAGGAAACAUAAUAUCUAAACAGGGAAUUGGCAGCAACGUCGAAGGCUUGUGUUCGUGUGUGUGUGUGUGUGUGUGUGUGUGUGUGUGUGUGUGUGUGUGUGUGUGUGUGUGUGUGUGUGUGUGUAUAACGCGGGUGAACGUGUAAUAAACGAGUCACACGCUGUAUAAUAAAGAUAAAUAAACGUUCCAUAAUCCGGGGCGUGACUUUGGCUCGCUUCCGCAAUAAGUGUAAUUCCUCUGUGCAUAAAAUAAGCUCCAUGUAAAUACAUAAUUCUAAAG